CCUCAAUACCACUUUUGACUUAGUCAUCCAGCCAUAUUUAUAUAAAUACAUUGAUAGGUCUAAGUGAGCUUCACUUUAUGUGGGCCAAAUCCAAAGUAGGAGGGAACUAAAUAACAAAUUGUUUUAGUUGUACAGCAGGAGUGAUCUGAAAAAUAUCUAGAUGAAUGAUUGGAUUUUUCAAACAUACACACUAAUUAUUAUGCUGAGUAUUUAACAUCCAUCAGUUUCUCUCAGUGAUGUUUCACCUAAUGGUUUUGGAAUAUUUUUCUUUUACCAUUUCAUAGUGGAAAAGAAACCUCAAUUAGGCAUAAUGCUGAUUAAAAGAAUUAGUGUAACUAGGAGAAACAAACAAUUAAAUUGGUUGGUACAAUUAGCCUUAUGUAAUUAAUUACACUUGAAAGCUUUAGUAUGAAAGGUUCUUUAAAUGAGUAUAGGAACAAGGAUUAAUUUGUGACUGUAUAUUACUCUGAUGGAAACUAAAAGUGGAACCUAGUUGAUGUACACAUGCAAGAGUUGUCUUAACUCUUCUUAACCUUGCAAUUUUUAGACAAAGUCACACAAAAUAUCUUACCAACUUGAUCCAUAUUAUGGACACUCUUGUUGUGAUUAAGGUGCUGAUUCUUUAUCCACCUACAUACAUAUUUAUUGAAAUUGUUAAUGUAUUGCUUAAAACAAUUACUGUCAUGUCUUCUCAGAAUGAUGAAAUGGUUAUUGGAUGGCCACUUGGUCUUAGCUUCUUGAAUAUCAGACUUAGAGUUGUGGAAGCUUCUUCAAUGAAACCAUAUCAAUUGCACAUGCCAUCCACUAGUUUCUCUUCAUUUUCAACCUCUAACCUUGAUACUGAGUCUACAGCAUCUUUCUUCAAAGACAACAGUGUAUCCCUUGCACAGUUGAUUGGAUUUAGAUCAGGAGACAGAGAACGAAUGUACUUCCCCAACUCAUUAAGGUUUGAAGAAAGAAACAAGAAAUUAGAGAAGGGUUCUUGUUCUCAUGACUCCAAAGUACAAGGGAGGGACAUGUCUAGAGUCAUAUGCAUACCCGUACUUCUUGAUACACUGCUAAAGAUUAGAAACAGUAAGAAGAGUUCAAGGAACAAGGAUGACAUGAGUAAUACGUUUGAGACUAGAAAUUCAUAAUUCUUGCAAAAUUCGCUACGGAUUUCUAGUCAUCUCAGCUUGAUUUUGUCACAUAAUUAUCCGUUGUAAGUUGUAACUUUCUCAGGUUCCUUGCAACUUGGAUUUAGUUCAUAUAUAUAUAUAUGGUAAUGGCCUUAUUUUGUUUUGA